UUGUUCACUACAUGGCUACCUGCCAAGUUGGUGGCGCUUUCAGCGAUCUUUUUCAAUCAUUGUUUCCCAUAGCGAACAUGCUGAAUUUGCACAUAAGUUAAUCAUUCAUUUAACCAGUUUAUCUGGCUUAAUUUUCGACUUUACAACACUCUGUUAAUCUGCUAUUCAUGAGGAAGCAUUCCUUUUUACCACUAAAGAUAACGUCACGAUCAAGAAUAAAGUUUUACAGUACAAAACUCGUCUUCUUGGAGGUUAGCUGUCUGGAUAUCAGGCGCAGCGCACGCGCUUGCGAGGCCAGAACAGUAAAAAGGACCGUCCUUAUCAAACGCAGAUAACAGACGUGAAGAUGUCACACAUUGGAGGCCGCACAACUUCCCGGCGAUCAGGUUCCAGAAGAUCAGGCUCUAAUCGAUCUGCUCUAUCCUCAAUUUCAUCGUUAAAGUUAACCGCUGCUCAGGCUAGAGCAGAUGCGGCUAUGGCAAUUGCACGUGCUAACGUCGCUAAAAAAAGGGCUGUGACCAAGAUUGAAGCAGCCAGAGUUGAGGCAGAGAUGGAGACCUUAAAGCAUGAAGAAGAUGUUGCCGUGGCAGAAGCCCGUGCAGCUGUAUGGGAGCUCGAGCUAGAACAGCACGAGAGCAUUUUUGGCAGUCAAAUUCUAACUAAUUUACCAGUUGUGAAUCCACAAAGGCUAGUAGAAAACUAUCUCAACAAGCAACCUACUGAAGACCAAUCAUAUGAAUACGCAGAAAGUCAGAUUCCCGACACCACUGUCGACGGUGCACAGAAUGACAACCAACCACACACAUCAGCCAACGGAAAAUUGCCAGACGACAUGGUUACGCCAAACGUUCCUGAGCAAAACAACGUGAUCACCGCCACAACACGACAUAUGCAGAGUCUACAUGCGGAAUCACCCGUAGAUGUAUCACGACAUAUGCAGAGUCAACAUACGAAAUCACCCGUAGAUGUAACACGACAUAUGCAGAGUCAACAGACGCAAUCACCUGUUGGUGUAAUCCAAAUGCCUACAUUCACCACAACCCAGACCAGACCAGACAAUCCUGUUAACCAAACUAGUUUACAAGGAUGGCUGCAUCAUUUUGCACGUCGUGACUUAAUAACGACAAGUAUAAUUAGCUUCGACGACAAACCUGAACACUUUAGAUCAUGGAAAUUGUCAUUUAGUAACGCAAUAAGUGGCAUUCCUCUUACUCAAUCUGAACAAUUAGACCUACUUCUGAAGCACACUGGAGAGAAGUCAGGAGAACUAGUUAAGCGUAUCCGUGCAGUACACAUUUCUAAUCCAACUCUAGGUCUAUCCACAGCUUGGGCAAGACUAGAAGAGAAGUAUGGUACUGCUGAAGUGGUGACAACUGCCCUCAUCAGGAAGCUGACUGAAUUCCGAAAUGUAAGUGUUAAUGACUUUGAGAGAUUGAGAGAUUUUGGAGAUGCUCUUCAGAUGGUUGAACAGGCAAAAAAUGAUGGAGGAUUACCUGGCUUAAAUUACUUGGACACAUUUAUGGGCGUCAACCCACUUGUAGCUAAACUACCACGUAACUUACAGGAUAAGUGGAGAUCCCGAGCAUACAAAUACAAGAAGGAUAACAAAGUUCCAUUUCCUCCAUUCACUUUCUUCUCAAAGUUUAUCCGUAAUCUGGCGGAAGAAAGAAAUGAUCCUAGUUUCAAGUUGAACCUCUCAGAGAACUUAGAAACCAAUCACCAGCAAUUCAAACCCAAGAAAUCUGUCCCAAGGCAACCAUAUCGAACCGAUGUCGGCAGCCACAAGACUGACGUAUCUAGCCAAUACACUGAAAGAACACCAAAAGGCUCCAAAAAUGAUGAUCCCAAUGUAACCUGCCCCAUCCACCAUAAAUCUCAUCCGUUGCGAGAGUGCAGAGCAUUUCGGGAGAAGUCUAUUGACGAAAGAAGAUCAAUAUUACGGGAUCUAAAGAUUUGCCAUAAGUGCUUAGCGUCCACUACACACAUAUCAAAAAACUGUAAGACUGACGUACGGUGCAUCGAAUGUGAAAGCGACCGUCAUCUUGCAGCACUACAUAUUGGACCAACAAAGACGCCAGACCGUGACCCAGCGCACGGCGGGGAGAGGCGCGUAACCAAAACUGAAGCCGUAACAGCAAACUGCACUGAAGUAUGUGGCGAACAGGUGUACGGAAAGUCAUGUUCGAAGAUCUGUUUAGUGCGUCUAUAUGUAAGCAACAGACCGGAGCAUUCAAUCAAAGCUUAUGCGGUCCUGGACGACCAGAGUAACCGUUCACUUGCAAGGACGGAGUUGUUCGAAAAGUUAGGACUUGAAGGCAGCAACGAACCAUACACUCUGCGAACAUGUGCUGGCACUAAAAGUAUAGCAGGUCGUCGAGCUACCGGCAUUGUUAUCGAAUCAUUGAAUGGUCGAAUCACUCUACCAGCUCCAACUAUCAUCGAAUGUAAUGCUAUCCCAGAUUGCAGAGCAGAGAUACCAACUCCUGAUGCGAUUAAGUAUCAUCCUCAUCUCCAGUCUCUGGCCGACCAAAUACCACCAUUAGAUCCUGAUGCCGACAUAUUAAUCCUACUUGGAAGAGACCUACCUCAAGUACACAAGAUACGGGAAGUGCGGAAUGGUCCCAACAACGCACCCUGGGCCCAGCGUCUUGAUCUUGGAUGGGUGGUGGUUGGAGACGUCUGCUUGGGUACAGCACAUAGGAGUAUGGAGGUCGAAACAUAUCGCACAACUAUAUUGGAAAAUGGGCGACCAACAUAUUUCGAGCCAUGUGAUAACUGCAUCAUGAUCAAGGAAAGUCCUGUUGGACGUAUCAAACAUCAAGGGAAUGUUGUACCUAUCGCAGAUGAUAGUUUAGGGGCUCGCCUGUUUGAAUGCUCCAGAAAUGACAACAAAGUCGGAAUGUCGAUGGAAGACAAAGCAUUUAUAAAAAUAAUGGAUAAGACGGUUUGUCAAAACGAGGUUGGUAACUGGGUUGCCCCCUUACCCUUCCGUUAUCCGACGACAAACUUACCCAACAACAAGGUGCAGGCUGAGAACCGGUUAAAGUCACUAAUACGUUCACUGGAUCGAAAACCUAUAGUGAAAGAGCAUUACCUUUCAUUUAUGGAGAAAGUCCUCUCUAACCAGCAUGCUGAAGUUGCUCCACCUAUAGAACCCUCCGCUCAACGAUGGUAUCUGCCACACUUUGGGGUGUAUCACCCACGAAAGCCAGGAAAGAUAAGAGUCGUAUUCGAUUCAAGCGCAGAAUUCAAAGGAAUAUCCUUGAACAAGACCUUGCUAAGUGGCCCUGACCUGACAAAUACACUCUUAGGCGUACUCUUACGCUUCCGGCAAGACUCAAUAGCAUUUAUGGCCGAUGUCGAACAAAUGUUCCACUCAUUCCUCGUCCGCGAAGACCACCGGGAUUUCCUUCGGUUUUUGUGGUUUCGGGACAACAACCCAGAUGGUGAUGUGAUAGAAUAUCGAAUGAGAGUACACAUCUUUGGUAACAGUCCUUCACCGGCAGUGGCAACCUUCGGUUUACGGCGGACAGCUGAAGUUGGCGAGAUCGAGUUUGGUGCGGAUGCCAAAAGCUUUGUAGACAAGAAUUUCUAUGUAGACGACGGACUUAAGUCAUUACCGACAGACAGCGAAGCAAUCGACUUACUUCAACGUACACAGACGAUGUUAUCAAAGGCCAACUUAAGGUUGCACAAAAUUGCAUCUAACAGCCCAAAAGUUAUGCAAGCAUUUCCUACCAAUGACCAUGCUGGUGACCUUAAAGACCUAGAUUUAAACAUUGACACCCCACCAAUACAACGUUCUCUUGGAGUCUAUUGGGACUUAAAAGCUGACGUCUUCACGUUCAGAAUCGCAGAGGACAGGAAACCAUUCACUAAACGAGGAGUAUUAUCCGAAAUCAACAGCCUGUACGACCCAAUAGGGUUCGUCGCUCCCGUGGUUAUUCAAGGCAAGAUAAUCCUGAGACAAAUGACUUCUGAGGAAAAUCUUGAUUGGGACGAUCCACUGCCUGAGCAUCUCAAUUCCUCAUGGCGUACAUGGCGCAACUCGCUGAGUACACUGUCAGAGCUGAAGGUCCCGCGAUCUUACACUCCGUUCUCAUCGAAGAAAGCUAGCCGACGAGAAUUACAUACAUUCUCCGAUGCAUCUAACAAGGCGAUUGGUGCAGCCACUUACCUCAGAGUGACCGAUGACAAGGGCGAAAAUCAUGUUAGCCUUGUCCUAGGCAAGGGUAAACUAACACCGAAGCAAGCCACCACUAUACCUCGUUUAGAACUUUGUGGAGCCCUACUCGCAGUUGAGGUUGCCGACCUCGUCAAUACAGAAUUAGAGUUUAAAAUUGACGCAUCAUUCUUCUACACUGACAGCCGUGUGGUGUUAGGUUAUAUCACUAACCAAACUCGACGUUUUUACGUGUACGUCAGCAACCGUGUAGAACGCAUCCUGAAAUCAACCAAACCGGAGCAGUGGCGUUACAUCUCAACGAACCAAAACCCAGCAGAUCAUCCAUCUAGAGGGCUCUCACCUUCUGAAUUGAUUACUUCAACAUGGCUGACCGGUCCAAGCUUUCUUUGGAAAUCAGUAGCCGAAAACGUAAAUUGUCCUAUGAGUGAAAGAGACUUUCUCAUUUUAAGUAAUGAUCCUGAGGUAAGACCAGAUGCAUCUAUUUAUCAUACAGAAAUCAAGGCACCCAAUUCACUCGGAUCUCAACGUUUCACCAAGUUUUCGAGCUGGACUCGCUUAGUAAAUGCCAUCGCCACACUUAGCCACAUAGUACAGUCCUUUAAACGCCAGGAUAGCAUCGCAUCACGGUGUAAAGGUUGGCACUACUCGUGCACUCACACAGAUGAAAAUGAAUUUCUCGCUAAAACAGUUAUACUCCAGAAUGUGCAAAGGGACGACUUUGGUGUAGAAAUCAACAACAUAAUGAACAAAAAAGAUCUUUCAAAGAAAAGUCCACUGUUGAAUUUGAGUCCCUACAUCGAUCAAGAUGGACUCCUGAGAGUAGGAGGGAGGCUAGGCAGUGCUAAUCUUAAUCAGGAAGAGAAGCAUCCUCUAAUCCUUUCCCGCUCUAACCACGUAACAACCCUGUUGAUCCGACAUCAUCAUGAACUAGUCCAUCACCAAGGCCGCCACUUCACGCACGGGGCAGUCCGAGCUGCUGGUUAUUGGAUUAUUGGUGGAAAACAGAAAAUAGCUAGUGUGCUACAUAGAUGCAUCACAUGCAAGAAGCUAAGAGGCAAGGAACAUCAACAAAAAAUGUCAGAUGUACCAGUUGAACGUUUGACUCCUGCUCCCCCAUUUACCUACGUGGGACUUGAUGUGUUUGGACCUUGGACGGUACGCACUCGACGAACCCGAGGUGGACAGGCUAGAGGGAAACGAUGGGCUGUACUAUUUACAUGCAUGACCUGUCGAGCUAUCCAUAUUGAAGUUAUCGAGUCGAUGGACACAUCUAGCUUCAUCAAUGCCCUGCGACGUUUUUUCUCCAUCAGAGGACCAGCUUCACAACUACGUUCAGACUGCGGCACCAAUUUUAUUGGUGCAUGUAAUGAACUUGGCGAUGAUCUGCAAAAACAUGCUAACAAGCAGAUUGUAAGAAAAUAUCUCCUCGAAAAUGGGUGCGAGUGGAUAUUCAACCCGCCUCACUCAUCCCACAUGGGUGGAUCAUGGGAACGCAUGAUCGGGGUCACCAGACGAGUCCUAGAUUCUAUGUUUGUGGAUCUUGGACCAAACCAACUGUCACACGAAGUUUUAUCAACAUUCAUGGCUGAAGUGUCUGCCAUUGUGAACUGUCGCCCACUUGUACCUGUUUCCAGUGAUCCAGAAGCACCUGAACUCUUAACACCUAACAUGCUCCUUACACAGAAGCCCAGCGCUCUCAGUAUUACACGCAAAACCUAUGCAAAAGAGAAUCUGUUUGGGCAGCAAUGGCGGCGGGUGCAGUACCUUGCAAAUAUAUUCUGGGUACGAUGGAAGAAAGAGUAUCUUCCUACACUGCAAAGCAGAAGAAAAUGGUACCAGGAUGUCCCUUGUUUAAAAGUUGGAGAUAUCGUUCUUAUUAAGAAGAAGGAACAACAUAGAAAUGAAUGGCCAAUGGGUAGAAUCCUGAAUACCUAUUCCAGCAACGAUCAACGAAUUAGGAAAGUGGAGGUGCAGACAUGCGAAGAAGGCACUACCAAACGUUUCAUCCGUCCAAUACAGGAGUUGGUGUUGCUAAUGAAGACUGAAGAAAACCAACUCGCAUGACUUCAUACCUGUUGACGCCUUAGUUUAAUAUGAUACGUUUAGUUAAGUUUGUUUUAUAUACCUUUAUGUUUUUAAUUUGUUUCAUUUUCGAUAGUGGUAUCCUCCGGAUGCCAGACGGGGAGUGUGAUGACUGUUGUUCACUACAUGGCUACCUGCCAAGUUGGUGGCGCUUUCAGCGAUCUUUUUCAAUCAUUGUUUCCCAUAGCGAACAUGCUGAAUUUGCACAUAAGUUAAUCAUUCAUUUAACCAGUUUAUCUGGCUUAAUUUUCGACUUUACAACACUCUGUUAAUCUGCUAUUCAUGAGGAAGCAUUCCUUUUUACCACUAAAGAUAACGUCACGAUCAAGAAUAAAGUUUUACAGUACAAAACUCGUCUUCUUGGAGGUUAGCUGUCUGGAUAUCAGGCGCAGCGCACGCGCUUGCGAGGCCAGAAC